AUGGGAGGAGGCGACGUCGUCCUGUUCCAGGCGACGGUCGUGGAAAGCUGGAUCGGCGACAGCGACUCCUCAGUCGAAGCGGACGAUCCGCUGUCGCCGAAGACCCCCAAGACGCCCAAAACGCCCAAGACGCCCAUGGGGACGCCUUUGAAGAAGAAGAAGCGAAGCUUCCUGGAGCAGAUGCAUCGCACUUGCUGUCGAACAGGGGUUGCCGUCAGUGCAGUGACGGUGGCCAGAGAGGGUUGCGAUGCUACGAAGCUCCACUGGUUGCCCUGGCGGACGGGCGGUGAUGUGCUGCACAUGCCAAACUUCGGUCCUGGAGCGGGCCAGAACAUGGCCCAGCAUUUGCAGCACUGGAUGCGGAAGAUGCAGGGUAGUGCCUACAACUGCGUGGUGAAGUUCCGGUGCAGCAAAGGUCUCAGCUGCAAGUCCUUGUUAGCACCAUGGCCGGCCGCCGCUUCGGCGAUGGAUCAGAGCGCCUUCGAGGUGCCACGACUUUCCCCAGAGAUGUCGGUGGCCUUCAUUUUGCGGCCUGAGGUCGAGAACGAGAUGGAGGAGGACUACGCCCGCAUCCGCGACCGAAAGUCUUUGUCUGUGCAAGCAGCAAUUCUGUAUACCAACUCCAAGGGGGAGAGGUUGCUCAGGACCCACACGCGGAGCCUGGGGGUACCGAAUUCUGUGAGGCAGCUCUACCAGAGCGUGAAUCUUGCGCCGCUCAUGACAGUACUCCUGAAACAGGCUGUUGCAACGGCGCUGGACCCCGCGCAGUCGGCCAAGCUCCCGCGGGACCUGCUCAUGGAGAGCUGCUUGCAGAUUCUCGGUACUUUUCGGAGACGGUGCGUGGAAUACACCACCAAAAAUUGUUUAGUCACAAACAGGCAAUUAAUGCUUUUUCCGCUCUAUGUUUUGGCGGCCCGGAAAUUGCUCUACGCUUUGACAAGCUCCAAAGAGGACAAGGCUCAGGUGGAAGAGUCGUUGCACAGGAUCCUCAGGAUGCCGAUCCAUAGCGUCAUGGUGGCCCUGUAUCCGCGGGUUUUCCCCUUGCCGGCAGAUUCACCCGAGGGGGUGGACCUCCCCAGGGCAAGCGCUGCCUCAGAGGAGGUGGUGACCAGGGGCACCGCGCCGGCAUACCUCGUCACGAACGGCCUGGGUAUGUGGUAUCACCAGACAG